CCACCCCAUAAGUUGCUCUUAGGACAGAGUCCACCAGCAAAAGCCAAAGACACCAAAUCAAUUAUCAUGGACGGCUCACGUUCGCGGUCACACUCGCGACCACCAAGCCGCGGAAUCAAACUGUUUAGCGACCCACCAACGCUGAAGAUAGCAACUGUCGUCCAGAACAGUAGCAACGCCAACUUAGCAAGCAGAGAGACGGCAGAAGAGCUCCAGUGCAAAAUCAGCACAAACCACACAACCUUACCUUUGGAAGGGCUCAAAUUGAAAGUGAUAGGGACUAUCUCUGUAGGAUGGCAGCUAGAAGGGUCUACGAAGGCCGAUCAUAGCGAGUUUUGGGUAGUGGAGGUUGCAAAUGCUCCAUUCGAUAUUGCUUUCUCAAGGGAGGUCGCACAGCAGUAUAACCUUUUGCAAAACGAUACGGAAUACUCAACAAUCCACGACGCUCCUCGACGGACCCAUAAAAUAAUUCGCGAAACAAGAACAUCCAGAUGGAUCAAGUCAAGGUGUGGAAGAGUAUUCUCGAUGGGCUUCAAAUCCCGCAGGGGUACCAUUAGGGAACAUCUGUCAUUUAGUGGAACUCGGCUUUUGGCGACUUGAGGGUGCGACUGUAUAGAAUUUGUAUAUGUUUUAUAGAUUUAGUUUCUGUUUCAAUGGUUGUCCGGC